AUGCCACCCACUCUGUAUCAUGUUCCUCGCACCAUCUCGUCGCCUCUGGUGCAACUGAUUCUUGAAUUGGACUUGAUCGAUCAAGGCGCGAUAGUAGUACAGGAAAUGUCAUUUGCCGAUCUCAAGAAACCCGAACACUUGGCCAUUAACACCAUGGGCACAUCGCCGGCAUUUCAAUGCACUCAAAUGGGACUCUGCAUGUGGGAAAGCGGUGCUAUUUUGGACUAUCUCUUGGAACGUCACGACACGGACUACCAGUUCCAUCCUCCUCCUACCACACCCACAUCGACACCGGACGAAAUUCGACUCCGAACCAAGUAUCUCCAACUCAAGCAAUUCAUUAUUGCAACGGUCUAUCCGUUUAUUGCCAGCAUGUACAUUCAUGCUCUCACUCAUGGUCAAAAUCUAGACGAAGAAUACAUGGCCGCGGCCAAACAAAAGUGUCAUGCGUGCAUGGGACCGGCAUUGGCCACGGCACUGGGCGAUAAACCCUACUUUUUGGGAGACAACAUUUCGGUCAUUGACUUGUUGGCCGCCAAACCGUUGGGCAAUGCCCACGCAUUGGGAUUGAUUGCCGAGGAGGCACCAACGUUGGUGGAUUUGUUGGAGCGCAUCCAGGCUCGUCCCACCUAUAGAAUGGCAUACGAAGGUUUGGCCAAGCGUCACGAACAGGCGCUUGCAGAGUCUGUCGUAGAAGUGGAAGAACCCAAUGACCAAGAGUUGGUUUUGGUGCCCAAGAAAAAGCGCAAUCCAAAACAAGCCAAGGAAGCUACUCUCAAAAAGAAACGAUUCAGUUGGGCCCUGCGAGGAAGAUCCUCAUCGAUUGAAAAUGAAGUGGAGUGUUAG